AGCUUACCUAACAACGCUAACAAAUAUGGCCGCCGUUUUGUUAGUGUAAAUUGUCACUGGGUAAUUUUUUUACGAUUUGUAGGCGAUUUUGUUUUAAGCAAAAUAGUCAUGAGUACAAAGAACAGAAAAGUUCGAGUCUGGGGCAGAUUUAGACCUACGUCUAAUUUUGCGAAAGAAAAUAUUGAAAUUCUAGGUGAUGGGAAGGUAAGUAAUUUUUUAAAAAUUUUCUUAUUCGACCUGAUGUCGGCAUACCGCAAUUAUUAUUAAUUACAAUUACAGAAUUAGUCGAAUUAAAUUAAGUUUUUAUAUACUAGAGUAAGAGACUCAAGUAAAGUAAGUAAAGUUGUUGUUAAAAAAAUAUUAAGAUUGAAUAAUAUGUGACUGAUACUAAUACACACACUAACUAUCAUUAAUGUCAAUGAACUCAAUGAAUAAUGACAAUUUAAAUCAAUUUUUUAAAUGACAUUUAAACUUAUGAUUCACUUAUGUUAUCAUAAGUUUUGAUUAAAGUGAUUAAUAUGAUUAUGAUACUGAUACAAAAUUAAAGUUAAGGCGUGCACUUCGGUUUCUACUUUGGGAGUUGAAUAAAUAGUAACUAAGAUAAACUGUUGAUUCAACUCCUGAAGUUAGUCAGUUAAAGUUAAACAAGUUAAAUAGGCCCUCAGACCCUUUUAGGAUAUUAUAGACCUAUUAUAAUUUAUAAUAUGAUUAUUUGUAUUUAACUAUCAUUGAAUUAGCUCCAUUUACUGGAGUUCUGUAAAAAAAAAACACGACAUAGUUUCAGAUAAAAUGUAUUUAAAUAUUUAAAGAGGUAUUUAGAAAUUUCAAUAGAAUUGCACCUUAACAUUUAUUAAAAUGUAAGUAUAUGCCUAUAUCUUUCGGUAAAUUGAGUGUUUAGCAAUCUAUUGACAAAAUAGCUCAAUGUCAUUUGGAACAUACUUUUGUUAUGUUGCGAUACAAUUUAGUACACUCUAGACCAGGGGUCACCAAACUUUUUUCACAGUAGGCCGGAUAAGUGACAAAAUGACUAGGCUAGGCGGCAUAUUCAUUUUGUACAAUACUUGCAAGCUAGAAUGAAAGUGAAAGCUCUGAGAAAAUAGAUGAAAAACUAAGUUUAGUAUUAUUUUCAAAUCAUGGGUGAGUGGCUUGCAAUGCACACUAAAAACAAAAACAACCAACAUAUUUAUUUUCUUUAAAAGUUAUCAAAGAAGGCGACAUUAGUGAAAAGAUAGUUAGAUUAGACCUAGUGCAUACAUAUCCGAAUCUCACAAACUAAGCAGCAAAAAAGUGUACUGAGAUUAGUGAAACUGACUUUUCGCUUUCAAGAUAUCAUCAAUGUUUGUCUUGGAAUUGCUGCAUCUAAUCAAGAUAAUUGCUUUCAAAUGUUCACCAGUCAAUCUCAUUUGAUGUGUUGACUUCAAAUACUUCAUUUUUGAAAAUAUUUGCUGACAGACAUAAGUUGCUCAAAAUGCUGAUGCCAUACGAACAGGAAAUUUCUUCAGUUUUGUAAACUCAACAUCAGAUAAGCAGCGGUAAAAUUCAACAAGUUUUCCUUCUCUGUGCUCCUCUUUCAACUAGUCAUUUGUUUGCUAAUCAAUGAGCUCCAACUGUAGUUCAACUGGCUCAUCAUCAAGAUUACAAUCAAACAGAUUCUGGAACAGAAGAAUAUCACUAUCAAUUCUGUAAAAAUCUUAAAAUCUCUCCAAAAAAUGCUUCUUCUUUGGCUGUUUGAGUGAAAAUUAGAACUUUUUUCUCUUUCCAGUUGUACUUCAAACAAUGACAAAUCUUUCUCCCAAAUCCUUUGAUGAUUCUGUAGAGAUCACAGAUGAAUUUAUCCUUUCCCUGAAGUUUCAAGUUCAUUUCAUUCAACUGGGAUGUGAUUAACACCACCACAUUUAUGUAAUGAUUAUGGGGAUUGUAAUAUUGUUGCUUUGUGUGUUUUGAUAAUUAACUCAAUAGACUGUGUUAUUAGCAUAGUUGCCUUAGUGACAAUUUAAAAGUCAAUCUUGGCUUUUGAUUUCUUUUUUGCUGUACGACUUAAUUUUGUGACAUAGUUAUUUUGUUAGGCGAACCGCGGCCAGUACGAUUUUUAAUUCCCCUUAUGUUUCCAACACUCCACUUCCUCUCACUCAUUUACAGUUUGUGGUAGUUAUCAGACUAUGAUAAAACUUUUUUCGGAGUCAAAACCGAUUUACGGCUGACUGUCCAAGCCGCACUAGGGUCACUAAAAAGCGGCUUGCGAGUCGCGAUUUGCCGGCCACUGCCAUAGGCCUAUCUUGUUUCAAAUGAACUUAAUCAAAUCCCAAGCACAGAAAGCAACCUCAGUUGAUAGAUUCAAUUAUAAUAAUUAUAAUAUAAUUCUUUUUAAUAUUUGACUUUAGACUGUAAAUGUUCACCUGCGCAAAGACCCCAAGAAAGGUGUUGUGAAUAAUCAAAUUCUUGACUGGUCAUUUAAACUGGAUGGAUUCUUUAACAAUGUGGACCAGGAUUUUGUGUACAACACAGUGGCCGCCGACAUUGUUAGUGGAUCAAUAGAUGGUUAUAACGGUGAGAUAUAGUUUGUAUUAUUUAAUAAGAUAACUUUGGGCAUAAUUUUUUGUGUAUUACUACAUGCAUUGUGAACCCCUAACUUUUUGUUUAAAAAAAGCCAUGAAAGGGCAUGUCGACAUAUGAUGCAAUCUACUUACAUUACUGGUGGUAUGCCCAAAUGCAUUGCACGCUUGGUUGAAGAAUACGAGUGGGCCCAGAAGACUAAAUUUUGGGUCAAUAAAAAAUGGCCUCAUGUGUAUGAGGCAAACACAUAUUUUUAAGUCGCACUCUUUUACCCUAAAUUUAUUGCAUUAUCUAUGGUAAUCUAUGGUAAUAAAAUGUUAUAAUUGCAAACAAAUGCUUUGCUUUUUGCUCUCUAAAACUUAAGCAAAGAUUUUCCACCAUUCAAUUUUCCCUUAGAACUUUUUUUCCAUUAAAAAUAAGUACUUUUACCACUCUGUUAAAUAAACCCAUAUAAUAUUGCAUUCAUUUGCUGCCAAGAUUUUUGCACCCUACUUUCCGUGAAAAAAAACUUAUGCAGUAAGUAAAAAAUGCAGCCCCUUCAUUUAAAGCAAAAAAAUCAUGUCCAUGGCAGACUUCUCCACCCACCCCCCCUCUUUCCUUAUCUAGACUUCUAUGAAUUUCUUAUUGAAAGCAUAAUCUCUUUACUUCAUCUACAAUCAUCUGCAAUUACUGGUGUGGCUGCUUCCUUUUCACAACCGACCCUCCCCUACUCAACAUGUUUUAAGUUAAUAGUAUUGAGUGAAAAGAAAAAAAGCUGUCAGGCAGCACGCAUGAUGCGUGAGUCAGGUAAGAAGGUGAAUUUUUUCGGAAGUGACCGUUGUGUUAAUCAAUGAAGAACCACAUGAGGGAAGAGGAGUGCAGAAAUUGAUGGUAUCGAAGAUUCUCGGACAUACUUGAAUUCAAUUUUCUUUCAUGCAGUUUUGAGGAGACAUUUCAGACUUUCAGGUGGGAAAGGCUAAAAUUGACAAUAAUAAUGCUCAGCGAUAUCUCUAAAUUCACCCCAGCCCAACAUGAACUAAAUUUUGACCUAGGUUUUUCUCGUAAUAAUUAUUAAGCAUAAAACAUUUACCUCAACACAGGAACUCUAACGUGUUAUGGUCGGACUGGAGCUGGGAAAACCUUUACAAUAUAAUGUCACUACAUAAUGUCACUACAUCAUGUCACUACAUCAUGUCACUACAAAAUGUCACUACAUAAUGUCACAAAGGUUCACUAUAUCAUGGUCUUAAAUAUUGACCUCCAUGCAGGAACUCUAAUGUGUUAUGGUCAGACUGGUGCUGGGAAAACCUUUACAAUGACUGGAGCUACAGAAAGUUACCAACAUCGUGGACUUAUUCCACGUGCCAUAUCACAACUUUUUCGACAGAUUGAAGAUAGACUUGAGUAUAGCAAUACAGUGAGGUGAUUUGUGAUGUAUAUCUUUGUGUUCCAUUGCACAUUAAUUUAAUACAAGCUGGACUUUCUAACAUAAAACAAUCAGAACAUGGUAGUUUUAAUUAAUUUUUCUCAAUCAAUCCUUAAUAAUCUGUUUUAUGACACGCCAUUGUGCGGACAAUAAUUGUCAACCUCUUCUAAGUUAAUCCUGAAUUUGUUUUGUAAUAGAUUUCUCGCCUAUAAACAUAUGUACUGUUCAAUGAGACACAUUUAAACUCAUGCAUGUGCUUUGUGCCUUAGAGUGUCAUACUUAGAGAUCUAUAAUGAGGGCAUGUUCGAUUUGCUGGGGAAUAUGCCUGAAGCUGCAUGGAAUUCUAACAAAGAUCCCUUCACGUCACCUGAACACAUGGUUGUCACAGAAAAUCAGGAUGGUGUCUUUGUCAAGGGCUUGUCUUGUCAUCUUGCACAGAAUGAAGAGGAGGCUCUGAAUUUGUUAUUUGAGGUACAUAAGUUAAGGAUGUACUUUGAAAUUGUCAUUUGAGGAAAUGAAAUGUAAGAGACAAUAUGAAUUUGUUAAUUGAGCUUCAUGAUAACUUUAAGAUACCCGCUAAAUUAACCAUUUGAUUUACAUUAAGUUAUCUAUGAUGUGGCGUGAAUUAGUUAAUUGAGGUACAUCACAUUAAGCGGCUAUAUGAUUUUCAUUUAAAUAAUUUAACUGCAUUCUGUAAACUUCACAUGCAGUAGGAUACAGUUGUGGUGAAAUCAUAUCAUUUCUUUAAAAUUAAAGCACUCAUGGGUUGAGAUAUAAUUUUUGAAAUUACGUACUUAAAGGAAAUAUGCCAAAUAUGAUUGAUCUGCUUCCGGCAACAACAAAGGAGAUCUCUCAAGUUUUUUACUCUGCUCUCUUUCUUGGUUUUUUUUUAUUAGUCCUGUUCGCUGAAGAAGGCUCUAGCUCUAAGCUGAAACGUUCACAUCUUCUUGUCCUGUCUUUUGAUUCAGGCUUCAACAUACUUUGUCUUAAUAUUUCACAAAGCUUGAAUGCAGUCCUUCGAUUAUUAUCUAUUAUCUCUGUGCUAGGGUGAAACAAACCGCUCCAUUGCAGCCCACCAACUCAACAAGCAAUCAUCACGAUCUCACUGUAUAUUCACCAUCUACCUAGAGGUAUGCAAAAUUUUAAAUUGCUUUUAAAAGAGGUAAAAGACUAUUAUAAUAUUCUACCUUGGUUUUUUUUAAACUUGGUGGCAAAAAAUACAUUUUCACAAUACCAUCGAGUCAUUUCCUUCUUUUGACAUUGUAGUGAAGAACUUUGGAAAGGAUUUAAAUGAAAUAACUUAUAAUAGAUAUUCAACAGAAGCUAACUAAUAAUAGAUAUUCAACAGAAGCUAACUAAUAAUAGAUAUUCAACAGAAGCUAACUAAUACUAGAUAUUCAACAGAAGCUUAUAAAUGGAUUAUUUUGAGAUAUAAUGGAAAAGACGUAUGGAAAUUUAAUGUAAUCCAGGUUUACAAUUUAAAGCUUUGAAUAAUUGAAUAAAACCACUGUCGAGAGUCAAACAUUCUUUUUAUUAUGUGGAUCUUAUGCUUUAGAGCUUAGUUUCCAUUAAUGAUAAGGGGAUUCCCCUGUUAAAAAGGUAUUGUUAGAACAAGUAUGUUUGAUUACUUUACAGAGUGUAUUUUAAUACUUCUUAUUUGAUAGUCCCGAUCUAGAACACAAUCAAAUGCCAAGUACACAGUUUCCAAAGUGAAUUUUGUUGACUUGGCUGGAUCUGAGAGACUCAGCAAAUCAAAGGUAAUGUUGAUGAUACAAGGGAUAUCACUCUGAUCUUGAACACAAACCGUCCAAUGUUUACUUACUAAACGAGAAGGAUUUUUAAGUACCAGUAGCUAUGUUAAAACUGAUGUUUUUCAAAGUAUCUAAACCUGGAGGAUCAUGGAUAGCUUAAGAGUCAGAUAACUAUUUUCUCAAUGGUCUGGCUAAAUGUAACAAUCAGAGCUUCACAGAUAUCACCAGAUACCAACAAUCCUUUGUGUCACUGUAUUUACUCUACAAUCGAUGCUACAAUACAGUGUGCUUUAUUAAAUCAUUGAUUAUUGAUAACAGAAUUAUAUUUUGUUAUACACUUGCAUACUUUUUUUUUUAUGUCCUAGGGAUUUAAAUUUUUUUUCUUUUGGCAAUCCUGUUAAUGGUUUUAGGAAUCUGGUUCUAAACCGGUUAUCUGUUUUUUAAAUAUAUUGAUGACCAAACUCCAAUAAUGUCAUCUGCACAAAAUAAAACCAAUAACUGGAAAAACAAUUAUCUUUUAACUUUCUUAUUACUAACCGGAAGCCUAGGUGAAACGAUGAAUAUUAUUAUUAAAUGUUGGUACCAAUUUUAAAGUCUGAAGGAAAGACAAAAGAGGAAGCACUCUACAUCAACAAGUCUCUGUCUUUCCUGGAGCAAGUUGUCAUAGCCCUUGCCUCACGAAACCGUGAUCAUGUACCGUUUCGUCAGUCCAAGUUGACCCACUAUCUCAAGGACUCCAUUGGAGGAAACUGUAACACCUUGCUUGUUGCCAACAUGUGGGCAGAGAAAGCUCAGCUGGAAGAGACAGUCAGUCAAUUUUUUUAAACUUUUUUUUUUUUAAAGUUAUAUUUUAGACUAUUACAUUGCUAUGUUAGUCUGACAUGAGAUUACAUUAGGGCAUGAAAAAUGUUGCAUAUUGAUAAAAAUGUUUGCAAAAGUUAUAACAGUUACAUGGGAUAAUAUUAGCACACUGACAUGAUUGCAACACAAGCAGUGCUGGUCAGUGGGUUUAUUCCAUAACUUCCUGUAAGAAAACCAGGAACCAGGAACCUUGUGGUUGGAUGAAAUGGAAAUAAGAUUUUUUUUCUUUUUUUUCUUUAAUGAGAACUUUAAGAAAGAAUUAUUUAUUUACUACUAACUUUAUUGAUCAAAAGAAACUUUUUAUGCACAAAACGUUUUCAACAAGAUUUCUUUGACAGGUGUCAACCUUGAGGUUUGCCACUCGCAUGAUGUGUGUUGCCAGUGAGCCUUGCGUCAACGAGGUCUAUGACCCUGCUGUAGGUGAAUAGUUUAGUGUGUCGCCAGUUGGCCUUUUCUCAAUGUGGUCUGUGACCCUGCUGUUAGCACAUAAUUGUUGGGGUUACCAUGAAUUUGGGGAUUCACAGACAGAUUUAGUUGGUGGGGUGGGGGGGGGGGGGGUUUCUAUCCGUAAAUGACAUCAUUCAUCUGGGGGGGGGGGGUUCUCACAAAUUUGUGACAUAUUAUGAUGGUGUCUUACAUAAUUGUUGGGGUUACCAUGAAUUUGGGGAUUCACAGACAGAUUUAGUUGGUGGGGUGGGGGGGGGGAGUUUCUAUCCGUAAAUGACAUCAUUCAUCUAGGGAGGAGGAGUUCUCACAAAUUUGUGACAUAUUAUGAUGGUGUCUACAUUUUGUGACAUAUUAUGAUGGUGUCUACAUUUUGUGACAUAUUAUGAUGGUGUCUACAUUUUGUGACAUAUUAUGAUGGUGUCUACAUUUUGUGACAAAUUUGUAAUGAUUUUUUAAAAAAGCGAGGGAGGGGGUAAAAAUCUACUGAAAUAGAGUGACAUCAUUUAUGGUUGACCGCUGUUAAAAGGCAUUCAGUCAGUUCAUGUCAUUAUUUCCUCCAUGCUUUAACAACAAGAACAUGUCAUUAAAUAAUGCAUCGCUUUUUCUUUCCUAUUAAAAUAAUUCUUCAACAUUUCCACUCCAGCUUUUAGUGAAGAAAUUGCAGCGUGAAAUACAACAUUUGAAAUCUGAACUAGCGAUGCAUGACACACUGGUAAGUAGGUCACGACACACUGGUAAGUAGGUCAUGACACACUGUUAAGUAUGCUUAAUCCUUGGCAUAAUUGAAUAGUUUCUCCUGUGGGAAUGAACUACAUGAGGUUGAACUAUUUUCUGUGUUUGUGUCGUAGAUGGAUGACACUAAACCCUAUGCCAUAGCUGCUUACUGGAGAUAAGAAGUUUGGCAAAACGUUUGGAAACUCCUUAAAAAAAAUAGGAAAAAAACUAGUAAUACCCAGCACCAUGUAAAAAAAUAAUUAAUGCCUUGUGUUGUAAUAGUUGUUUCAUUGUGUUCAAAUGGCUGUUAUAUUGUUCUGUAAUUGCAGUUUAAUUGUGUUGUAUGUAAAGACUGUUGAAUAAUUUAGUUCUCUUUUCUGCUCCAGACCAACAGAAGCCUGAUAUCAUAUGAUCCCCUGUCAGAGCAGCAAAAGUAUGAGAUCAAAUCACAAGUCAGAAGAUUUUUGUCCGGAGAACUGGACGAGUUAGAUGUGAGUAAAUAUCUUUUAUGACCUUAAUUAGGGAACAAGUAAACCAAAAGACGUGUACGUGAGUGCACCAUGACCAGACACUUUGACCGAGUGUUUGAAAUAGGAGUCUGAUAUUGUGUCUACAACUUCUGAUGAGUGACCCCUGUAUUUAUCAGGAACAUGUUAUUUAUAAAUCUGUAUGUUUUCAUUACUGUAAAAUUUAAAGAGCAAAGAAUUAAAGUUAUAAUAAUAGAAGAAAUUAGCUUCAACGCCGACUACUACCAGACAGUUAUGACGUCUUGACUUAUGCUACUGUCUUUUUAAAAAAUGUUUUAGCAAAUAUAUAAAUUAUGAUUUGUUGUUACUUGCUAAAAGUGUACUUUCUCUGUGUACAGACAAUUAACUUGCAACAGAUUCUAGGAACUUACAAUUCAUUUAAAGACCUUUACAGGUAGGUCAGUAUGCUAAGCAAAAAAUGAUUGAAAACUUAAACAAAAUACAAAAAUAUACAAACUUUCUUGUACAUUAGUUAUCUAAAAACUUUACGAGGCGUCAGAAUUUUUAAUUUAACAGCCCUCAUAAAAUAAGAUUAUUCGUAUAAAUCAUUUGUGUUUGUGUUUAUGUCAUUGCAUGCGAUUUAUCAUUUUUGUGAUUGUAGCAACUGAUUUUUGGUACGGGAAUGGUUUUUAUCAAACUUUAAUAGACUAAAGAUCUAUUUAAACUUAAACCCAAAUACGUCACAAAUAAAUAGCAACAGCUACACAUUUGCUCUCCACACAAUAACACACAACCAUUGGAUGAAUCAUUAACAUUGCUCCCCCCUUGAAAAUCAGGAAGAACUGAUUUUUGGGGGUAGAAGGUGGGGAUGGUGCUGAAAAUUUGAGUGUGUUAUCAUCAUCAACGAGUCUAUGUGCCAAGUUAGUUUCAGCUUGAGCGGAUAAUGGAAAGUGGGUCGCCACCCCCUGAACUACAGAAAAAACUGAUUUUUGGGGGUUGGGGCUAAAAAUUUGAUAGAGUUUUUUGUCAUUGGCAAGGAGUCUAUGUGCCAAAUUUCAGUUUGAUAGGAUGACUAGGCUAUGUGCAAACAGGAAAUUAUUAGAGAUCCCCCAUACGACCAAAGAAACAUCCUGUCCUUAGUAACAUACUGGCUCCUUUUCAUUGUCAGAUUACAUGAUGUUGUGUUGUUUGUGUCAUGACUUGUAUUUUGUUGGGAUGUAAACAAGUGUAUUCUUUCAGGUUAUAAUGAGUUGAAGGGUGUGUAAGUUUUCGAUUAGCCUCAGGGUUUCUUUUAGGUUUAGAUUAGAUUUGAUUGAGACGGUUUGCCGACUGAGAGCUAGCAUUAAUGUAUUAUAAGAUAGAGUUAGGGGAAUCGUUUAUGGACGCUGUGAGAAUAUAUCGUUUUGUUGACACCAUUUUUCAAAUGUAGUGCAUUUAAGUAUGUAGGAUUUCACUGGUGAAUUUAUUUAUUAUGUAAGAAACUGUUUUUAUCCUGAAAUUUUUUUAAAAUUGUGAAUAUAUUUUCUGUGAAGGCAGGCAGCAGAGUAAAUCUGAAGAAUCACUUACACGCAUUAUAUUUAUUUCUAUAGUGCCUCAUAGUGCAAAUAAGGUUGCGUUGUUGUUUUUUUCUGUGGCUGUUGUGUAGGGGACACAACCCUAGAAAACUGUGCUUGCCAGACCCUUUCCAUGACAAGCACUUUUCUAUUGUUUUCCAAUAUGUCCUUUAUAUCUUCAGUUGGUAUUGAGAUGGACAUUUUUAAGUUGUACAAUUUCAGAAAAUUAAUGAUAUCUCUCUAUGCUGGUUAAUUUUGAUAUAGCUCAAUACAAGUUCAUUUUGAAAUGAUGCUUUGGAAUGGAAAUUUCAUUUUUUCUUCCAUCAGGGAGCUGGAGAAGGAGGUGGAAGCUAGGAUCAGAGAAAAAUUUGUGCUACUCAAUAAAGCAGAUCCACAAUCUAUUGUAAUGGCUCAACAGGUAGAACAAAUAAUAUUUAAAUCUUGUUUUUGUUGAAAUAUUUGUAACAGUUUCUCUCUCAUCUCAGUGUACUGUUAGAAGACAUAAUAUCAAAAUAUUAUUUUCAACCAUCUCUCUGUGACCUGCACUGGGUAAUCAUUAGAUGAUAGUUCUAAGCCAGGAAUGAGGAACCUGUAGCCUUAAGGUCACUUGCAGCCUUUAAGUGUUUGGCCUGACCUGCAUUUUACUUGGCCUAUAUGAAUGCACUGCCAGUUACCUAAUCUAUCUGCUAAGGUCAUCAUUGGUCUCAAAAAAAAUUAUUAUUUAGUUUUAUAAAUUUUGAAACUUCACAAAUCCUUUUGCCCAUUCCAGUCCCCUACAGCAAGUAUUUUUUGUAAUGCUAUAAGCAUUUACUGUACAUAAAAAGAAAUCUAUAUCAUGAGGUAAACCAAACAGCUUCAAAUUACAUUUUUUUUUAAUGAGAAAAAUUCAAAGAAAAAAAUGAUCUUCCACAGCUCUCCAUUUGAACAAUUUAUAUAAGUUUGACCUUUUUCAGUGCAUAAAACAUGGCCAGAUGCUACAACAGACUGCAUUGAAUUUAAAACAUAAUUUUUUCAUAUUCCCAGCUAAAUUUAUCUUUUGUAAAUAUUUCUCUGUUUCGCACCCUACAUCACACAGGCAUAAAUUUGACAGGAAAAGAAAACAAACUAAUAAUAAACAUUAUUAUUUGUAUACCGUAACUAAUUUCUUAAAAACAAAUAACAACUACAUUUAACAGGCUUUAGAAAACUUGAAUGCAGAGAAAAAAAAGAAAGAUCGGGUGCCAUCAGAUGGAAAUCUGAAAUUUGAGGUAUCCAAGAAACGAGAUGUUUUCACUCAUUGAGUACUUCAAGAUUAAGUUCAUCUUAUUGACAGGCAUUUGUGUUGUGUUUUGGUACAUUUGACUGCAAUUUAUUUCUUAUUUUAUCCAUUUUAAGUUCUUUGUUGAUAAAUCUCAUUUACUUUUUCAUGGAUCGGCCAUUAUAACUAUUGAUUUGCAGGUGUUAUUUAAAAAUUUGAAUGCAUUUCUCAAAUUCUAUGAGAAAUGAAACAGUGCAUAGCAUAGGUAGGGAGGUUGCACACCCAGGGUUUAAUUUCAAAGAAAUGUGUUAUAAAACUGUGUCUAGUCCCCCCAACCCCCCCCCCCUCUCACCCAUCUUAAUGAAUGUGCCUUUUUACCCCCACAUUUGUUAUAAUGCUGUGCCUGGGGCCCCUCUUAAAUGUCUUUUUUUCCCCUACAUCCACCUCUGUCUACUAAUUUGUAAAAAUCUAAGAUUUGGCAAAAAAUGUUAGUAAAAGAAAUGUGACAGAAAAAUCUGAUAGUAAAAACUUGAUUUUCAAAAAAUUUUAUGUUAAAAUAAUCAAAUCCUCAAAUAGAUUCAAUGAUUAUGUGUUAAAAUAAUCAAAUCCUCAAAUAGAUUCAAUAAUUAUGUGUUAAAAUUAAAAUAAUCCUCAAAUAGAUUCAAUAAUUAUGUGUUAAAAUUAAAAUAAUCCUCAAAUAGAUUCAAUAAUUAUGUGUUAAAAUAAUCAAAUCCUUAAAUAGAGUCAAUAAUUAUGUGUUAAAAUUCUCUUUUGUACUGUUAUCUUGAAGUAUGAAGACCAGAUUUCUUCAACAGCCCAUCGGGCUAAAAUUACUGUUCAUGCAAAAUUAUAUUAAUGUUUGAAAAAAGCCAGUUAAAUGUGACAUUUUGUUCCCCACAGGCGGGUAUGACAGUUGCUGAUGAUUCUAGUGGUGUAGGUGACCUAGAGGGCAGCAGUUUUGGGAUAGGAUCUGCGACAAGGGCAAGCAAGGCAGAUCAGUCCAGCGUCAUUCAGCUGAAGAAGAGGGAGAGAGAGAGAAAAAAGAUCAGUGUGGCUGGGUCAGUGAUGUUUUUAAUGAAAGAUAAUUGCACUAAAAAAAACUUGAAUAGUAGAGAUCCCCCAUAAGUCUGGCACAUAUGAAAAUUAUUAGGGGAGAGCUAUUCAGCAGAUGUAAAAAUUAAUAGCAGAGAGCUAAUGGCCACACACCACAUCAGAUAAGAUGCUUUAAUAAUCAAAAUAAAUGGAAAUAUUUGUUUUGAUUGGGUCGCACAUAUUGUUUUCUGUCUUGAAAAUCUUUGAGUUUUUAUUUUUCCUUAAAAUAUUCCACUGUGUCAAGGUGUAAUUGAAUUGUUAUGUGGUCAGAAAAGCUAACAGAUUCUUUUGAGAAAGUUGGCUUUUGGAAGAGAGUCUGUAUUUUUUGUUAUUAAAACAGAGACAAUUAACAGCAGGGAUCAGUCGUUACACAUGUAUAUUCAAACCAGAUAUUAAAUCUGUUUGUAUUCUUACUUGACAUGUAAAAGAGAGCAUGUUGCUCUGUAACGGAUUGACCACCCUCAUAAAUAGUAGACAGAAAUAGAAGGCAGAGAGUUGUAGAGUAAAAAAUGUUUGUCUUGAGUCAGCCAUGAAGCUCAACAAGUUGAAAUAAGACAGUAAUGGGAAACAAUCAAAUAAAAAUUAUUUUGAGCUAUCAUAUUCAAGAGCCAAAAGUUUCACACGGACCAGUGUAAUCUCAUGUUUUCUAUCGACAUAAAGUUAAACCAAAUCUCUCUGACAAAACAUAGUCAUUUUCUGAAGUCACUUUGACAAAAUGUCAGAGUGCUUGUGUUUCCAACAAACAUUUUUUAUCUCAUUUCUUAAUUGCGAUUGCUUAUAGCCAGCAAUUGUUGGACUUUGUGAUAUACUUUUAAAUCAUGAUAUCAAGUAUUUUGUACAAAUAAGCUUUCAGUAAAUCAGGAAGUAGCUUGUCAGGAAAAUGUGGAAAUGAAUAAACUAAGCCAUAAAAGUACCGAUAGAACGGGUGGAAAAGAAUGAAAAUGACUUGAAACCUUUUCUUCUUAAAGGAGCCCAGUUUUGUCCGGCAAACGUUCCUCCAGCCCAGCGCAAAGCAACAAGGGAGAACGGAAAGCAGAAUCUCCUGGGGGAGAGAAGUUGGAUGCAUCUAAAGACUUUGAGACUACUGCCUCCCCUGUGAGUUCAGCUGAAAACCUCUACAGAGCUGAGAAAAUCCAGAAGCAAAAGACUGAAGAAGCUCAUUUUAAGUAUGUCUACCGAAACAUUUGUAUUUUAUAUUAUUAUGGUUAUGGUUCUAAAAAUUAUUGUCCAUCUCUGGUUAUGGUUUAAUAAAGAUCAUGUUCACUUUGGUCCAAAUGAUUAUGGUCCAUACAUGGUUAUGGUCCAAUUAACUAUGGUAUGUAAACUUACUAAAGAUGAAAAGUGUGGGAGAAAAAAGUAUGAUUCUCCUCCAAAAAGUGGGGAAGUGUUGAAAUGCCCUUGUUGGCUGUUCUAGAUAUGCACUGUUAAAUGUACCAAGAAAUUGUUUUCCCAAAGAUGGAACAAUGCCAAUAUUCACAUACCCAGAAAAAAAUUGAACAUCAACAAAACUCGAAUAUCUGUUAAGUAUGAUGAUUUGUUGAUGCCAAGUUAAUAUCUGAAAGUAAUUCAGUAGCAGCAUGCAUUAAGCAAAAUAGGUAAAUUAAACUGAAAGUCUUGCCAUUAAAACGUUGCAACUGUAUGUCUCACAUACAUGCAGUGAACACUAUACACUUUAAUAAAUUUAUUUAACUCCUUCGAAAGCUGCACAGACAUUCAUAAAUGACAUUCUAUACUGACAGAUCAGUGUGAAAAGAAUUUUUAAAUUAUUUUUUUUUACCAGCUUUGACUUAUUAUUUUUGUAUUGCUAUCUAUUUAGCUCUUUUUAACUCAGCUUCAGAAAGUUUUCUUUAUUGAAUUAAUUUUUAAUUACCUCAUAUUGCUCUCUUUUAUUUUCAGGUCAGAUGAGAGUGACAGGUAAAUAAAUUUUAAUAAUUUAUCAUCACUAUUCUAAACAGUUUCAAUGAUUAUUAAAUUACCCAUCUGAGUUGGACCAAGUUAGAUAUGGCAACACUAUAUUACCCAUCUAAGCUGUACCAAGUUAGCUAUGACAACACUAUAUUACCCAUCUAAGCUGUACCAAGUUAGCUAUGACAACACUAUAUUACUCAUCUGAGCUGGACCAAGUUAGCUAUGACAACACUAUAUUACCUAUUUAAGCUGUACCAAGUUACCUAUGACAACACUAUAUUAACAAUCUAAGCUAUACCAAGUUAGCUAUGACAACACUAUAUUACUCAUCUAAACUGUACCAAGUUAGCUGUGACAACACUAUAUUAACAAUCUAAGCUAUACCAAGUUAACUAUGACAACACUAUAUUACUCAUCUAAACUGCACCAAGUAAGCUAUGACAACAUUAUAUUAUUCAUCUAAACUGCACCAAGUUAGCUAUGACAACACUAUAUUACUCAUCUAAACUGCACCAAGUUAGCUAUGACAACACUAUAUUACUCAUCUAAACUGCACGAAGUUAGCUAUGACAUCACUAUAUUACUCAUCUAAACUGCACCAAGUUAGCUAUGACAACAUUAUUAGUAAAAUGUUGCCAAAUAUUCAUUCAGAUGAUUAUGUUUUAUUACCCUGCCACUUCCAGCUAUAAAGAAAUAAAUGUAAGCUCCAUGAGAGGUUUUGCCACAAUUUGAUAGUGCUGGGUCCUCCUAAGUUGUAUUUCAAUAUCAAAUAGUUAUGUCUUGUAUAUUUUACCCUUACGUGACAUUCUAUUCUUUGGAGUUUGAGAGUUUUUAUUCUGAUAAUUGGAACAUUUUUUUAAUUGAUUACUGUAACUCAUUCAUUAGUUUGUUCAUUCAUAAGUCACCCCCCCUUAGUUUUGGCUGGGAAAAGGCUGGAAAAUGUUUAAACUGCUCAUAAACUCAGCCCAUAAAAUAAAAUGCCAGUAGAACCAAAACACUGCCAAAGAAUGUAAUUUAAAAGAUAAAAAAUAUGUGAAAGCUAAAAGGCUUAAAAACUAAUAAACAUAGAGUAUUAGGUAUAAACCACAUACUCACUUUGUGCACAUACAGGUACAGAGCCAAUCACAGCAGUAGAAAAAUGAGGGCAAAACUUAUGACACAAUUUUGCACACUACCAAUUUUGCACACAACUUUAUUUUUUACUUCUGUUAAUUACCAGUACUUUUUUCUUUCUUGUUUUCUAUAAUAUAAUCAAUGUAAGUGGAUAAAAUUAUAAUAAUCUUCUAUUACCUUUAAUCUCAUAAGCUCACCACUCUAUUUAUUCACCUGAAAUAUUUCCAGUAUAUACAAUAAUCUUUUGUGUAGGUCUUUUUAUUAUUACCCGGUAAUCGGUAAUACAAAGUAAAAUUUCAGUUCAAAUGAUGAUGUGUACAUCUUAUUGUCCUCUGAACCUGUGGUUCAGAAAUGACAUUUCCCUGUACUUACAUACUUACUUGUGCCUUUAACCCUGUUUCACUUGUUUAACAAAAAAUUGACCAUUGGUUCCUUUGUUAAAAGAUUUCACUUAUUCAUAACAGACUGUUUUUUAAACCUGAUACAAUUUGGAAAUAUCAGCUUUCUUAAAUAAUUGAGUAUAGUUAAGUUAAGAAAUCUAGAAACAUAACACAAACUAAACAUCCUUUACUGGAAGAACUAUUUGAAGAAAGAUGCUAUAGUAAAACUAAACACAUUUUGGAUGAUACAUCCCACCCUCUUCAUCACAGAUACUUAGGAUCUCCAUGUUUGGGACGAAUUAUUUUCAUCAGGGCGAGGACUGAAAGAUAUAAAAAUUAUUUUGUUCCCCAAUCUGUGCGAAUUUACCAGCAUGCUCCCCGUGAAGUCACAAAUCUUAAUGAGAACUAAUAAGUCCCUGAUAUGGCUUAGACAACUCACUGAAUGGCUGCUAGUGAAAAAAUUUAUUACAAAUGUCUUGUGUUCAAAUCGUUUUUUAUAGGUGCUGAAAAUGUACAAUGCAAUCAUAAAACAUUUCUAUAUGUUUGGAUCAAUAAAACAAAUCUUAUCUAACUCUCUAGAUUCUGUUCCAGAUUUAGACACAAUUGCUGUGUCAAUAAGAAUUCUUUUAAAUGCAUGCACAUGUUCAAUAAAUGCCUUUAUUAUUUCUUGUGGCUGUCAGAGAAGAGGAAGAAGAAGAGAAAAUCAAAACGAGACCAGAGUAUGGAAUACUUUCAACUUUUGAUUCAUCUUCUAGGCCUAAACUAAUUUAAUUUCAGGAAAAGCACUCACCAAUUCUUCUUAGAUUUGCAUUAAUUUAUUUUUUUUUUUUAAAUUUCUCUUCCUAUUUUUGUGUUGAGUGUUAGCUUUCAAUUUUGUGUACAGUUUAUUUGGCUUGUAAGACACUGGAUAACUACAGGAAAAGGCCUAUUAAAUAAAUAUAAUUUAAUGUUGCAAAUAGGAAGAUUACUCUUAGAUUACUUAAAUUUUAAAAAAUAAUUUUUUACCACCUUUAACUUUAAAUUAACAUUUUUCCUUGGGUUAACAGAGUAGCCAUUUUGUGAUGAAUAGAAUGCAUUCUAUUUAUUAAUUUAUUUAUCAAUAUCUCAACAUUUGAUACUGUGGAGUAAAUCAUUCUUAAAACAUUUUUAUUUAAAACAUUUAGCUUUCUUUUGAGUCUUUAAUUUUUUUAUUUCAUUUUUCAAAUUCCUAUCUAAAUUCUAUUUUUAAUUAUUUACGGUUUUUGAGUUUAUUAGAAUAAAAGUGUUGGAAAAAAAAUUCAUUUGCAAAAAAUUGUAUUCGAUUGACACACAACAAUGCAAGAAUUGGAAGUGCAUGAGAGUUCCAAAACUUAAAAAAAAAAAACUUGUGUCUAAAUUAAGAAGUUCCUCAAAAAUUUAUUUCACUUAAUUUUCACCUAGAAAAUUUUGUUUCUUUAAAUCACAGUUACAUUGGCUUCUCAAUGUAAUUCUAUUUUUAAUUAUUUACGGUUUUUGAGUUUAUUAGAAUAAAAGUGUUGGAAAAAAAAUUCAUUUUCAAAAAAUUGUAUUCGAUUGACACACAAAAAUGCAAGAAUUGGAAGUGCAUGAGAGUUCCAAAACUUAAAAAAAAAAAAAAACUUGUGUCUAAAUUAAGAAGUUCCUCAAAAAUUUAUUUCACUUAAUUUUCACCUAGAAAAUUUUGUUUCUUUAAAUCACAGUUACAUUGGCUUCUCAAUGAAAUAGUCAUAAUAUGUUCAAAAUAUUUAAAAACUUUUUUAAAAACUAUUUAAUAGUGCUAAAGAAUGAAAUAGUGAAACGAGGUAUGUGGAAGCUUGAAAUAAGGUAACAGGACAAAAAACAAGGACGUUUCGGCAUAAAGCCUUCAUCAGCCAACAAUAGAAAUGAAAAUACAACAAUUUUCUUUUCUUUUCUUUUGUUCUUUUCUUUGUUGUAUUUUCAUUUCUAUUGUUGGCUGAUGAAGGCUUUAUGCCGAAACGUCCUUGUUUUUUGUCCUGUUACCUUAUUUCAAGCUUCCACAUACCUCGUUUCACUAUUUCAUUCUUUUACAUAGCUUGAAAGCAGUCCCUUCAUUUAUUUAAUAGUGCUAGGAAGGAUGAAAUGUGAAAAUAUGGGUAUAAUAUAAAAGUAUCAUAAUGAUGACAUGUACUUAUUUUUUAGUCCCUGUAUUGGUUUUAAAACCACACUUAAUGUAAAAUCUAGGCCUUCUUGACAUAAAUAUGUUGAGCUUUAAACUAUUUUAAUUAACUCAUGUACUCUGAAUUUAUCUUGUACUUUAUAGAUGGCUAAAAUGUAUUUAAUAAAAAUUGAUAUUUUGAGUAAAUAAGAUGUGUAAAAAGGAUUAUUUUGUUAAUUUGUGUAGACAUGACUGUAAUGUUCUAUUUAUCAUUGACAGCACACCUCCAAGUAGGACCUCAGCAUUUGAGGAUUUCAAAAUGGACAGAGGCAGUGAAAUCAACAGAAUUCUCAUUGAAAACAAAGGUAAAGCAAUAUAUGAAAUAUUAACAUUUUCCAAGUCUUUUCAUUAGCAUUAUAAAGUAGGAUGAAAUAGACAGAAGUAGAGCGAAGUAGAUGGGUGUAAAGUGAAGUAGACAAAAGUAGAGUGAAGUAGAUGGGUGUAAAUUGAAGUAGACAGAAGUAGAGUGAAGUAUAUAGGUGUUAAGUGAAGUAGACAGAAGUAGAGUGAAGUAUAAAGGUGUUAAGUGAAGUAGACAGAUGUAUAGUACGUAGAAUGGAUUAGAGUGAAGUACCAGUAGAUGAAUGUACAGUAAAGAAGACAGAAGUAGAGUGAAGUAGACCUAUGUAUAAUGAAAUAGCCAGAGGUAAAGUGAAAUAAAUGGAUUGUAGUAGACAGUAGUAGAGUGAAGCAGACGGAUGUGUGGAAGGUGUAGCAAAAACAAGCUAAAAUAUAAGGAAGUAGAGUAAAGUAGACUGAAGAAGAGUGAAAAAAACCCAGAAGCAUAGCACCGUACAGUAGUCAGUAGUGGAAUGUGGUAUACAGUAGUACCCAGUGAAGUAGACAGAAGUAUAGUGGAACAGAGUGAGGUAAAAAGAAUUAUAGUACAUUAGAUAGUACUUAAAUGAAGAGGACAGAAGUAGACAUUAGUAUUAUUACAGUGGAGUUGACUGAAAUAGAGUGAGUAGAUAUUAGUACCGGUACAGUGAAGUACACAGUAGUAGAGUAAAGUAGACAGUAGUACAGCGAAUUAGACAGAUCUAGAGUGAAGUAAACAGAAGUAGAGUAAAGCAGACCAUAUUAAAGUGAAGUAGACAAUAGUAAAGCUAAGAAAACAGCAGUAGAAUGAAGAAGACAGUGGUAGAAUAAAGCUUUUCCAAAGUCUAAAUAAUGCAUGGGCCUUAUGAAGUAUAUUGAAGUUUCUGUAGUUUUUAACUUGGUUUUUUUUUUGUGUGUUCUGUGUUCAAUCUCUAGGCAUUCUGGCAUCAAAGAAGAAAGAGUACUCAGAUCUAGCCAAUCAAAUAAACAACAUCAAACAUUCCAUUGAUGAAGCCAGGGGGAAACUGGAACAACUUAAGCUGAUGAGGGAAGCUGAUGGUAAGGGGAGAUCAAAAUUUUACAUCUGUUCAGUGAUUUUGUCCCUUAGCUUACAUGGCACCUUAAAGCAUAAUUAAUAUUAUUUGUUUUUUUAGAGAGCUUUUUUCAAAAUGAUUAAACGAAAGUGCUAAAUUUAUUGUUCAUAGAAAAAUUUAAAUGUGGGGUUCUACCAAAUUGCCAGCUGCCCUCAGGAGGCACCAAUCUCACCACCCCCUAAUUCUGACAUCCCCUAAUUCUGACACACUAAACCCUUUUCUUUAGUGUGGAAAUCAAUCUUGUGUAGAGUGUGUAGAGAUCAAUUAUCAAAAUGAUGGGAAACAUUUUUUUUGUGUCUUGAGGUGGCAUGAAAUUUUUUUUUACAAUUUUAGUUAAGAUUUGAACAUGUAUUUUAAUUAGAGCUUUUAAUUAUAAGAAUAGAAAACCAAAAACAUAAAAUUAGAUAUUAAAAAAAUAUAUGGACAGGUUUUUUAUGUAACAAUUGAGGGAUGAUUGUAAUUUUUAAGUGUUGCUUCAGUUUAUCAAAUAAAAUAUUUCUAACAUGUUAUCACAAAAAAAUUUUUUCCCAAAAACUGCACCUGAUUAGAAACUUUUAUCCCAACUGAGUCUUAAGCCUUCUACAUGUAUAGAUACAAUGUUAAAUAUUAUAUUAUUUGGGUGCUGGGUGGCCGAGUGGUCUAAACUGAGCAAAUCUCAAGUUGGUGGUCUCGAGUUCAAUUCCAGCCAGAGCCCAGUCAAGCAAAAACACCACCAGCACCCCGGGUGGAUGGGACUCGUUAACCUUAGAUGGCAACUCAUCUAAGAGAAGGAAACUCUGAAAUCAAACCCGGAGAUGGAGUCCCGAAAGGUGGAUAACAUUGGUACAAUGAAACAUGCUGACAACUCCUGCGACGUCACAGGUGCCAAGCUGUAUCAUCCAAUGAUGUUGCCUUGGGUUCUCCAACUGCGAUGAGAGAGGCAAUUUGCUGUUGGGAACCAGCUUAUAAUCCUUGAAGAAUAAUCCCAGGCCAUGUGGAUUUCAUCCUCCGAAGCCCACUCCAUCAUCACAUUGUGACAGACGGAUGCCAGCAAAAAAAAAAAAAAUUAAAAUCAAAGAAGCUAAUGGGAAUCAUUUUUGUAUUAUGUUUAUAAUUAUAGGACCAGUCCUUAAUGAAGAUGGUGACAUUAUAAUCAGCGAGGAUGAAUUUUUGGAAAUACAGAGGUUAAAGGAUUUGAAAAUAGAUUACAGAACAAGGUAUGAUGAGCUCCACAAGCUCAAGACAGAGGUGGUCUACUGUCAGAAACUUGUGGACCAGUGCCGCCUCAAGCUCAUCCAAGGUACGGUAGUGUGAAUAUAAACAUAAUAGUUAUUUAACAUUGUAUGAAAUGUUGACAUGGUUGCAAUGGCCCAUUUAAUCAUAGGGGUACUUCGUUAAUGUCAAGUGGACAGCACCCAGAAGCUAAUUUAUUGGUUCGGGCGGGAGGAGGGGGGUGAUUCCCACCCCCUUCUGACCGAUAAUCACAUCUUUUGGGUGCUGUCCAUGACUUGACAUGUUAAUAGUUAUGGGUGGGCGGGGUGAUAUAUAUAUUUUUUGUUUUUAUACAGCUGUUUGUUAAUUAAAUAAAUGUAUGCAAUUUUUUUAAUGUCAUGAUUAUGUUUGCUAAUAUUUUUAUGUGCAGCCCGGUGAGCCCAGACCUAGGCUGGGGUAUUGCACUAUAUAAGACCACUGUAAUAAUAAUAAAUAUUGCAGACUAUAAUUAUAGAGAUAUUUUUUUUCAAUUUUGGUUUUUCAUUGGGUGAGGUACUAACUUAUCUGAGGUCAUAUACAAUGGUGUCAUGAUCUCGUCUCUGCUGUGUUGACAAGGCUCUGUCCCUGUUGUCAACACAACCCUGUCUAUAAAGACAUGUUGAUUUUAUCAAGCUAUUUUUUUUGUUUAAAUUCAGAGUUUGACAACUGGUAUUCCGAGAGUUUCCUGGGCCAAGCUGAUGAGCACCCCACCAGCUUCAACGUAGGUCUCGGCACCAAACCUGGCAUCGCUAUGCCCAUCACUAGCUUGGCAGUGAGUCAGUCUUUAUUUUUUAAAAUGUGAUUUAAUUCAGGUACACACAACCAGGCAACUUAAAUUAAAAUGUACACAUUUCUGUAUUUCUUCACACUUACAUUAGUUCCAAUUUUAAUUUUUUUAAAAACCACUUGACCUUUGACUUUGAACACUUUUUUUUUAUCAGUUGUAACUGUGUUGAUUUAUUCAUUCAGUUUAUUCUUGACCCAGUUUUUAAUUUAUAGACAUUAACCAUGACAUUAUUAAUACUCUUGGUGCUUUUACUUUUAAGCCAUUCGGACAAAAAUUAUUUAUUGCAAGUGUUUAAAAGAGUGAUUAGACUUAGAUUAUUACUAUUGUUGAGUAUGUCACCAUCAGGAGCAUAAAGUAGCGAUUCAUUGUGCUAUGGGUCUGGGUAUUAGUAUUAGUCUUAUCAUUUUUCUACAACUUUAUGCUAUAAUGAAAUUAAAAUGACCAGAAAGCAAAACAAUUUGUCAAUAAUUCACAUUCUUAAACAUUCACUGAUGAGUCUAAUAAUUACUGUACUAAUGUGAGGAAAUAAUUCAGCUCCAUCAUUUUCAGCUUGAAGACGAACAAGAGAAGUUUGAACAUUUACAAUAUGAAAUGUUGAUGAGUAACCCAGAUUCUGCAGCUUACUACAAUGCCAAGAUGAAGACAGCAAAAAGGGUAGGACUACCAGUAGUCUGGCAAUUGUUGGAUGACUUUGCUCUUAAGGAAACAAAAUAAAAACUUGUUUUGUUUAAAUAUGUACAAAAAACACAACUACUCUCCUCCCCAUAUGGGAAAACUUUGACUUGUUGCCUGUCACUGGGCAAGAAAUGAUUUAUUUAAGAAACCUCAACUUACUCAAUGUGUCUAUUACCAAUCUGCACUUUUAAAUUAUAAAAAAAAAAAAAAAAAAAACUUAAGAAGCAUGUAAAAAAAAUUAAAAUUUAAUACAAAAAAAAAAAAAAAAGAAAAUCCCCAGAUGGGAAAACUUUGACUUGUUGCCUGUCACUGGGCAAAAAAUGAUUUAUUUAAAAAACCUCAACUUACUCAAAGUUUUUAUUACCAAUCUGCACUUUUAAAAUAAAAAAAAAAAAAAAAAAACAACUUCAGAAGCAUGUAAAAAAAAUUAUAAUUUAAUUCCAAAAAUCCAGAAAGUGGAAAUCACUCCAAUUUUGACUCAUCUGGAGUACAUACAUGGGAGUGUCUGGUGAAUAGCUGAAUUAAAAAAAGGAUAUGAGAUUUGAUUUAUAUAUCCCAAGUGUAUGGAUUUUUCCAUCUCUUAUUGCAACCACUUGCAUAGAGAACUUAUCAUCCCACAAAGUAGAAUGAAGCUUCAAGUAGGAUGCAAUAGGACAGUAACUCUUUUCACGAUAUUGUUUUAUCUGUGAUUUAAUGAGAGGAUGACCCAUUUGCAUUUUAUAUUUUCAGAAAGUAUUUGGAAUUUCCAUGGGUCAGCAGCCGUCCAGCUACUCACGCCAGCCAGGGACGCCCACCAUGAGCAUCCGCAACAAGCCACCCAACAUGUUACAAGUUCAGUACUAAAAUGCAUCUCUCCAUUCACUCUUGUGAUGCUUGUUUAUCUAGCUUGGUUAUAAUUACGUGAGAGGAGUGACAUUUAUUGGUGUCCAGUAUUCCUUCUUAUAACAUUACUGAAACCCUUAUUAGCAGAUGUAAUGAAAAGGUUACAUUUUCGAGUGACAUUGUCCAUUUAGGAUGACAAAUCCUAAUAAAACUAGCUCUAAAUCAAGUUAGAAAUUUCUCAUGUCAAAAUAUGCAUCAUUUUUUUUUUUACAUUAAAUUUUUCACCUGUCAGUGACCAGGUUUAUUUAUAAGUUUAGUCCGCAAUGCCAAAUAUAAACUAUGAAAUGAAUACUUGAAAUUAUCCCAUGUCAUGUAGCCACCCUUACCCCCUGAUUCAAGCAGACAUUAAGCAAAGAAAUACCAUUUCAGAAAAUUUUGUCUAUUUUUCUUCUUCCUUAUAUGACAAAACUUAUAUCAUGUCUGCUUUAUUUUAUUCUUCCAAUAACAUUGAGGAAUAUUUUUACAUAAAAAUGUAGAUAUAAUUGUAUUUAUAAGCAUUGCUUGAAUUUGAAAGUACACAAAGUAUUCAACAAAAUAUAAGUAUAAGCUUAAGUAUCUGAUCUAAAGCAGGACCAUUUAAACCAAAUAUAUUUUUUAUUUCAAUCCCCCUUCAAUUAAGAGAUGGACUUGAGAAAGUGAACUGACAUCAGAAAGUGAACUGACAUCAGAAAGUGAAUUUAAAAAAAAAACAACUUUACUUUAAUUUCUAGUUCCCUAUGGGAAAGAGGGUCAUAUUCAUUGUUUCAUGAAAAUUAUUUUUAUUUUGUGAAAGGAAAAUCUGAAACUAGAAGAGAUAUCGACCAUGAUAUUUUAUCUACCUUUUUAUUCUUUGUCCAAAAUUUGUUUAAUUAAUCCCUUUAAAGAAAUUUUGCUCUGAUAUAAUCUAUGUAUAUAAGAUUGAAAGUAUGAGAAAGAUGUGCUAGAAUCCAUUAAAAACUAUUUCAAUUCAACACAAACAAGAAAUAAGUAAAAUUACAUUUUUUUAAAAUCAAAUACAUUUUUACAAGCUAUAACCUUGAGUAUCAAAAUGAUCCCCAAGGAAGAGAAUUUGUAUUGUAUUCAUGAUAAAUAAAAGGAAUUCCGUCCAAUUAUGAAUAAUUGUAAAUUAACAUUUGAGUUGUUUUUUUUAAUAAUAAUAAUAAUAAUAAUAAAGUUCAUUUCAAAAACACGCUUCAUCCCCAAAGGCUCGAAGCGCGGUACAAAGUCAACAAAAAACAAAUCUAUAGUUUACCACAUUUAAAACAAACGCAACACGACAAAAACUAAGUACAAGCAUACAAUAGCCUUCAAUAGCAUACUGACAAUAAUCUUAUUUAUACUUUUACAAAAAAUGAUAUUUAGUCUUUAACAACCUCUUAAUUGAUUCUGCGUUAUAAAAUUCAAUAGCAUACAAUAGCAUACAAUAGCAUACAAUAUAAAUGCCUUCAGGGAUAUUCUGUUGUUUCUAAUUCUUUCACUCAUCUAGUAAAACACCAUCCAUCUCUUAGGUUCUUUUUUAUUGCUUGUUUCUAUGUGUCUAUCGUCUCAAUGUGUCUGUCAUGCUGUUUGUGAAUUUAUACAUUUCUGUGACUUGACCUAAAAAACAUGAUAUGAAUUGCUUCAAAUGUGCCAAAUAUUGGUUUUAUCUGAAGAGAUUUAGUAAGCACUUUUCUUGGAAUUUUGAAAGCUUCAUUAAACAUGAAAUUAAAUUAUGUGAAAUAUGUAAGUGUAAGUGCUUUUAAAAUAUAUAUUAAUUUCAAAUAAAUGUCUAUGUUAAAAAUAAAUAAAAUAUAAUUUUUAAAGUUAACUGAAAAAUAUACUAUUUUAAAAAUUCACAACCAUUCUCCUUGACUUUGAGCACACACACUCAUUAAAUUAAACUAGUAUUAUAGUAUUGUUUGUGCUAUCUUGCAAAGCCUUGUUCCUCCAGUGAUAUCAUUUUAACUGCUAUAGUUUUAAAAACUUCACUCUGAAAUGGUAAAUAGAAGGAAAAAUAUUUAUACCCAAUAAAGAACAAAGUGUUUGUUAAUUAAAUUUAUGUUCUUUAAUUUAUAAAAAUAUAGGGAUUGGUUUUAAAAAAUGAAUUGUUAAUAAUAAUUGGUAUUAUUUAAUUUAUAAAAUAUAGGGAAUUUAAAAAAAAUUUGUAUAAGUGUUAAUUUUGUAACUUAACAUAAAUUAGUAUUUGAUGGUCUUGCAUGGUCACUGUUUAGGAUCAUUCAUGUGGUAAAAAUUGUUUAAUCAUUUAAAAACAACUUAUAAUAGGGCUGCUGAGUUCUGCUAACACUACUGGGUGUCCAGGAAUAUUAUUAUGACAGUGGUCUUAUAUAGCGGGGUACCUCAGCCUAGCACUGGGCUCACCGCGCUGCACAUAAAAUUUAGCAACAUGACAUAAAAAAGUAACAUACAUUUAUUAAUUAAAAAACAGCUGUAUAAAAACAAUACAAAUGUAUAUUCACCCCACCCAUUCCAGAACUAUUUACAUGUCAAACCAUUUUGAGUGCUGAAUGGUUAGAUGAGGAUGAUGGGUUGAUUUGCCAGGUAUUGGUAUAUCAGUUCUGCAAGAUGAAAAUGAUAAAUCUGCUACUAUAGACUAUGCCCAUCCGGGGCGUCAUUUCAGGUUUUUUUUUAGGGGCGGG